AAAAGAGCAACAUGGAGUCCCGGCGGCUGUUUAUGUUUACCUGACGCGUCUCCUGCUUCUCGGCCGCGGCGCCUCGACUCGUCUCCUCCGGCUCCGUGUGGAAGUCGAACACGUCUCCUCCGCGGGUCCCCGGCAUGUGACGCCCCCCUCCGGCUUCACUGAUGUGCCAGGCUCCUUACAAAUGGAACGGGGGCUUCUCUCUGGACCCGUGAGCGUCUCCCCGCUGCUCCUGCUGCUGCUGCUGCUGCUCUGCCCGCUGCUCCCGCUCGGCAGCUCCCUCCCGCCGCCGCCGGCUGCUCGGGGCUCCGCCGUCCGCUGGGAGCCGCCGCCGACCCCGGCCACGACCCCGGCGGAGCAUGGUGGCAUGGAGCGCGCCUUGGAGAACAUAGGCGGCCCCGGCACCGCCGCGGACGUUGUGGUGGAGGACGAGGACACCGGGUCCACCGGGAACACCGGGGAGGCGGAGGACAGCUACGGGGAAAGUAACGGAAACAUCCCGCCGACCAGGUCUCUUGUGAUCAUCAGUACCCUGGAUGGACGCAUCUCUGCUCUGGACCCUCACAACCAGGGCAGGAAGCAGUGGGAUCUCGAUGCACGGUCCGGGUGCCUGGUGUCAUCCAGCCUCAGCAAACCUGAGGUGUUCGGCAACAAGAUGGUCAUCCCCUCACUGGACGGUGCCUUGUUCCAGUGGAACCGGGACAGGGAGAGUAUGGAGGCAGUGCCUUUCAGCGUGGAGUCCUUGCUGGAGUCGUCCUACCGUAUCGGAGAGGACACGGUUCUGGUCGGGGGGAAAUCCCUCACUACCUAUGGCCUGGGUGCCUACAGCGGCAAGCUUCGGUACAUCUGCUCCACGGUCGGAUGCAGCCAGUCGGGGGGGAAAGAGAUGGAGUCGGAGGAUGUGCUCCUGCUGCAGAGAACCCAGAAGACUGUGCGAGCCAUCAGACCUCGAUCAGGGAUGGAGAAGUGGAACUUUAGUGUCGGGAACUUUGAGCUGAAGCUCCUUCCCGAGACGCAGUCUGGAAUGAACUUCCUGGAGGGGGAGGUGGCGAGUGACGACGGCUGGAGGGAGAGUCAGCGUGUCAUCACAGAUGAACCCAAAGAGAGGGAGCCCACGGAGAACCAGCAGAAUCUGGACCUGGUCAUCAAAGUGUCUGUUCCUGAUUGGAAGGUCAUGGCCUUCAGCACUGGGCCUGAAGGUCAGCUGGUCUGGGAACAUCAGUUCUGCACACCCAUUGCCUCGGCCUGGCUGGUGGGCGGAGGGAAGGUCACACCGAUCAACCUGUUCGACGACACCGCCUACAGCAGCCAGUCAGAAAUCGAUGAGGAGGACGAUGAGGCUGAUCCUGGGAAAGCCACCAGGGGCGCUGCGGAGUCUAGUGUCUACUUAGGGAUGUUCCAGGGACAGCUCUAUCUCCAGUCCUCAGUGAAGAUCUCUGAAAAGUUUCCCUCCAAAGCCAUCGGGCUGGGGACCGAUAUAAUUCCACUACCUACUGUCAAGUGGAAACCUCUAGUCCAUUCCCCGUCCCGCACCCCAGCGCUGGUCGGCUCCGACGAGUUCGACAAGUGUCUGAAUAACGACAAGUUCUCCCAUGAAGAGUACAGCAAUGGAGCCCUGUCCAUCCUUCAGUACCCAUACGAUAACGGCUACUACUUCCCCUAUGGCAAGCGUUACCGGGAGAAGCGUGACAGCUCUAUGAGCCUGAUCAACGGAAACGUGGCCGGGGCCGAGAGCCGCCGGAGGAAGGACCCCGUGCUGCUGCUGCCCUGGUGGAAGGAGAUCAUCGGCACCAUCAUCUUCUGCAUCGUCGCCACCACCUACAUCGUCCGCAAGUUCUUCCACCCGCCGGCCCCCGCGGCCUACGUGAGGCAACGUAAAGAGUCGGAGACCCAGUGCCAGACGGACAGCAAGUUUGACCUGGAGGUUGUGGAGUCCAAGGAGCCGGUGGCCACGGAGAUCCGCUCCAGCGAAUACGUGUCCCGGUAUCUGACGGACUUUGAGCCGGUGCAGUGCCUCGGGCGCGGCGGGUUCGGUGUUGUGUUCGAAGCCCGAAACCAAGUGGACGACUGCAACUACGCUAUCAAACGAAUCCGUCUGCCCAACAGGGAGCUAGCCCGUGAGAAGGUGAUGCGCGAGGUGAAGGCUCUGGCCAAGCUGGAGCAUCCAGGAAUCAUCCGCUACUUCAACGCCUGGCAGGAGAGCCCCCCCGAGGGCUGGCAGGAGGACAUGGACAAGCGGUGGCUGAAAGACGCCAGUACCACCGACUGGCCCAUGAGCUUCCUCGACCACAUGGAGGCGCUGUCAGUCAAAGUGCCAGUGUCCAGCACCGUCUCCCCGGUGUCUGUCCCUGGAGGAGACGUUCUGGAGUCCUCCACUGAUUCCCGCGCCCUCCUCUCCAGCAGCGCCGGUGAAGCCGUGGGUUUCGGCGUUGACAGCGGCGACCUGUCCUUCCUCCCUCUCCUGGGCCACGACAGCCUGAUGUCGGAGAGGGACAGCCAGGCGGACCCCGACGCCUCCGACACCCCCCACUCCUUCGAGCUGUGCCCCCCACGCGGCCCCAGCGACUGCACCUCCUCCUCCUUCGACAUAGUGUUCGAGGACUCGGGCUGCGACCGGGAUGCCGAGGCGGACUCCGGUGACUCUGUGACUUCCGGCGCGACCAGUGCAGGCGUGCUGUCGGACAAGAGCUGCUCGUCUUCCUCGCACACCAGACAACGGGAAUCCGUCCCUCCCUCCUCAUCCUCACCCCCUCGGCCAACCUCACUCACCCUGGCUCUCCCUACAUCUCCUCUAACUCAGCGAGUCCAGCCCUCUCCCAAGGUGUACCUGUACAUCCAGAUGCAGCUCUGUCGGAAGGAGAACCUGAAGGACUGGAUGGCUCAGCGCUGCCUCCCGGACCAGAGGGAGCACAACCAGUGUCUGGAUAUCUUCCUCCAGAUCGCCGAGGCUGUCGACUUCCUGCACAGCAAGGGGCUCAUGCACCGGGACCUCAAGCCCUCCAACAUCUUCUUCACCAUGGACGAUGUGGUGAAGGUGGGAGACUUUGGCCUGGUCACGGCCAUGGAGCAGGAGGAGGAGGAUGACGAAGAGCCCAGCGCCCUGACGCCCGCACCCCUCCUCACCCGCCACACGGGGCAGGUCGGCACCAAGCUCUACAUGAGCCCAGAGCAGCUCUCUGGAAACUCGUACUCUCACAAAGUGGAUAUUUACUCUCUGGGUCUGAUCCUGUUUGAGCUGCUGUAUCCGUUCAGGACGCAGAUGGAGAGAGUGAGGACUCUGACUGAGGUGCGAGCUCUGCGCUUCCCUGACGUCUUCUCCAAAAACAACGUGCAGGAGCUGAGUAUGGUGCGCAGCAUGUUGUCGCUGAGCCCCGGCGAGCGGCCCGAGGCGGCUGACAUCACGGGGACGCCUCUCUUCCAGGAGCUGGAGCCUCCGUUCCGCAUGGCCGUGAGGCAGCGCUCCCGCACCUACAGCGCCUCGUCCAUGGGCCGCCCCUCGCGCCAGUCAUCUUCAAACUGAAGAUCCCACCACGCAAUAUCUAACCCUAUCACACAACACCUCAGGUAUCAAAACCAAGAGGACACUACGAAGGGGCCUUCUGAUGCUUGAUCAUCUUCUCUACUGGUGACUGAUCACUGGUGUGAGCACUAACCAGUGCUCCGGACACUAAAUAUGCCUGAUUUGGGAGACCAAAAAAAAAGACCAUCUUUUUUUGCCUAUGUGUUUUUAUAAUGAGAGAGAACAGAAGAGUUUAUGAGUCCAGCUCCUCAGAUGGGAUUUGCCUUCAGAGAGGGGCCCCGCGGCCCCUGAGUGGAUGAAUGCUGGGCCUCUGGCUCAUGUCGUUUCUGCAUGUAUCUGAUAGAGAAGUGAAGGGGUGAGUGUGAGGUUUGUUUCUAAAGCCAAUACCUUGGACACAGUUUAUCUGUGUGUAAAUUUACACAACGAGGUGCUCAAUCAUUUUCAAACACCUCCUUUUUUUGCUCUCUGUACAUAAUAGAAGGCGACGAACCUGUUUUAUAUCUUCUGCUUUAAUUCCAGAAGAUACAGCCGAUCACUCCUGUACAUACUGUAAGGUGCUGUUGCUUGUAAAUGGCCUUUUUUCAUGAGACCGCUGUAAGACAGUGUGAUACACACUGAGAGCGGGCCCAGAGGAGACGUUAUCGGAAAGAGCCGAAUGUUACGGUGUGACCUCCAAAGACAGAUCACCUCUCGUAGCUGUUUUGAAAUUAAUCUCAGUGUUUCCACCUCCAUGGGAAACCGAGCCGGGGGGGGGGGGGUUGCUGCACUUUGAGCAUCCGAGGAGAAGCGGUGGAACCAGAGUGCCAUUGAAAUAAAACAAAAAUCAGUUAAGUGUACUUUUGAGUAACUGAUUGUGACUCGCCUCACAUUACUGCAAUUUGGCUCCUGUGCUCCAACCUCGUCCAGCUGGUGCUCCCGGUGAAGCACUGAGGUCCGCAGCUCUCACACCAGCCAGGGAAAUAGCAUUUAGCGACAGAAAGUGAGACAGUUUUAUUUUGUUUUUGUUUAUUUUGUCCCCUCUAGUUUGUCUACCGGGGACCUGGACCUGACGUUGGUCAUGUGAUCACUCAUGAGCAUUGUUUCAUGUACAUAAGAAGUGAUGGGAGAGCACAUGACCUUUGUUUGUAACUACACACACUCACACUGCUAAUUGUAACAUGCUUUCAAUGAUUGUAAUUUUCUAAGGAUCUUCUCUUUUCUUUUUUAAGAAAUAAGUGCAGUUUUUUGAUUAUCCUGCAGGUUUUUUGAUCACUGUAAAGUCUUGAUCGGUCUGAGACAGGAAGUCAGACCUGUUGUUUGUCCUUCAGUCCACUCGGCCCAACGAAGACGAGUUCUUCUAGUUGUUAAAGGGUUUCAAACCCGCUGUUCUAUCACCUUGAUAACAGAGGGAGAGGGCUCAGUUCGGUCAUCACGUGUCAGAAAAAUGUGAAAACUCAUCCUGCAUUUUCAGACGUUGCUUUGUGAAGGACAGUAUGAAGAUACUGUCGCUUAAAUCCUGUGUUGAAUCAAUGUUUUUAAAAGAAUUCAGGAAUGAAUUCUGGGUAAAUCUUUCUUUUUCACCAAUUAGCUAAAAAAAUGCUUUUCUUUUUAUUUACAACAGGAAAGAAAGAACUUAAAUCACCUACUGUAGUAAAAACCUUGUUGUCAUAUACUGUUCAACUGAAAUCAGCAUUACUGAAAAUAGUGUAUUAUCGCAGGUUCUAGAGAUGUUGUAGAGAUUUUCCCUCCAACCAGGUGAAUAACAUUAUACAGUAGGUUUUUCUUGCUCUGUUGAAUUAUGUUGCCCCUCCUCCUGUUGUCCGGGUACGUUUUUUACCUGAGGAUUGUUCCGUUGGAAAAACACACAUCCCCUCCUCUCGCUCUCCGUCUGGACGUGUGUCCGUUGCGUGUUCUUGUGCACAAACCCGUUCUCUGUCCACGUUGAACUGUAAAUAUGUUUAUUUGCUUUAUUUAUGUUCCGAUGCCGCGAUCAAUCCCUUGUGGGUUGGUGUUAAUAUGAACGCGCUUCCUGCGACGAAGCGCGUUGGAAUAUGAUGACUUCUUACAAGUCUAAAUUUAAUAAACUGUUCUAUACCGUUUGUACA